AUGGCGGCAUCCUUACGUCUUGUUUGUAGGCGAUUUGUUAUUCGAAACAACUUUCGUUCUGUAGCAGCCCUUCAUAGUUCUGUUCGAAAUUUCGCUACGCCAGAUAAAGUAACACAUACUGGGCAGGUAACUUCAGUUGUGUUAGUAUUUUAGUGUAGAAAGAUACAGAGAAUUGUAAUUUUCAAAAUCUUUGAUAUUUGAAACUUCUGAACUUGUUAAUACGUAGGUAUGGGAUGCAGGUGACUAUAGAAUGGCACGCUUCACUGACAGAACAAAGGAGGUAUUGUUUUCAACUUAAUGAUACUUAAUAUUUUGACUCAUUUAAUUCGACUGCAAGGUUUCAAUAAUAAUAUAGGCUUCAACUUUUUAAAACAUGGGAAAAUCGGCGUCAGUGUGCCUUUACUGUAACCAAUCAUUUCGCCCGCAAGUCAUUUCGCCCCAGUUACUUAAGGUGCUUUCCAUUAUAAUGGACCGACCAGUCAGAGACCACUUGAACUAACCAAGGCAAAAUGGAACGCGUCGGAACCAAAACUCCAACCGAAUUAAUUGUUGAGUAAGAGAAAAAAGAGAAAAAUGUGGGAAAACAUCGUCUACAAUUUAUUGGAGAAGCCAGUAAUAUGUUUGUCUUUAAAAACUGAUGAAAACCAGAAGAAAAAACAAAUCAACAUGCUCUGCUGUACCUGAGCCUUGUGUGCAACUGUGCAUAAGGAGAAAGUUUAGGUCUUGCGUCUGAAGGUUACACACACCGCACUCAUAGACACCUACAUCUGAACCAUCCGCCAUUUUGACUACUGUGUGUAGUGACAAGCUGGAGCAGGACUGGAAACGAAAAUUUCUGAAAAUGGAACAGUAAUUUCUGGUCAGACUGGACCGACCGAUCAAAGAGGACCACCUCUGGAGGUGGACAACUUUGACCGGAAAAUUUCCACCAGGGCCGAACUAUUCCAUUUACAUUUGGACCAAAAUUUCCAGAAAUUUUGACGUAAUGGAAAGCACCCUUAGUCCCCUAUUUUCGAGUUAUUUAGCGUGCUUCAAUGUAAUAUCCCUCAUUCUAAAAUAGAAGGCUAAGUAACCUGGGCAAAAUGACCGUAAAGCGCCUUUACCAGUGGGUAUGGUUAAAAAUUUGAAAAGGAAGAGGAUGCUUCUAAUACUCAAAAAUUUCAUUUAUUAUAGUAAGUAUUCUUCUCUUUUUCUCUGUUUGGGGAAAGGGUGAAAACAUCGCGAGGAGAGGGAAGGGAAAGGGUGAGAGCCUGUAGCCAAACAUUUGGGACCAUCGUUCCACGGCACCUACUGUGCAUCAGAUCCUGAUGCAAGCUCCUAUUGGCGAGAACACUGACUGUUGACAUGUUUGAUUUACAUCGCUUUUUCGGUCGGCACGUAGCACGCAAUUUGAUUUAAAUAAUUGCUUGUAAACAGAUCUUCUGAUCUUUAACAUGGCGUCUUCUGGCACUUGACUUAUGAGUUUUUUUAGCUGCAAUGAAUGUUCUUGCAUCAGAGGGCAAAUCACAAUGACAAGAUACAAUAACCGCAGAGAAUCAAUAUGCGUGUCACGACCCCUCAGUAUGAAAUAAGUGCCAAAAAUCACAUUUUCUCAGUUAAAACUAAACCCUCCAGGGCACAAUCUACCCAUCACUGAGAGAAAAAAGUCAUUGGAAAAAGCAGCAUUUUGGCACAAGGUAAAAGCUGUGUGUUGCCUACCAACCCCUUUUGCCACGCAAAAUUGAUUACAUUCCAGUGUAUCCAAGUGACUGAUAAUGAUUUUGCUGACAGAUGAUCGGCAGGCUCUCACCCUUUCCUUCCCCUCUCCUCGUGAUUUUUUCACCCUUUCCCCAAACAGAGAGCCUGUUGACAGGCUAUUUUUAUCAUUGCAGGUAAAUGAGAAGUUUGCGAUUGACCUCGUUGAUGAGGAACCACCCAAAGAAAUACAUGCACGCCAUGUGUGGUGUGAUGGAGGUGAUUAUUAGUUUUUCCCCUCCACAAACCUUGGAUAUGAAUCAUUUUAUUCUGAAAAGCAAGCAUCCCUCCUCCUGUCACUGUAUAUAUCAUGCCACAGGCAUCUACAUUGUGCACAAACAGUGUAUCUAGGCAUUGCAAGUUCUGGAACAUGUCAUCUUAACCCUGAUAAAUAUUGUCAUUGCUUAACCCUAAUCAGUAUAGUCAAUGCUUAACUCUAAUCAGUUUGGUCAGUGCUUAUGUGAGUGGCUAGCAGUACCUUUGAUUUAGUACAAACAUAUCCAUGUAACAAGACUUACUGCAUAACUAUAUAACAGUACCUUGUAAAUAACCCAGGUCAAAAAAAUUAACCUGAAAUCAAAGUUGACCUGUAACAUAUAUAUUUUUUCAAACCCUGAUUUGUCUACUUUCUAAAUAUGUACGAUUAUAGGUACUUUUACCUUAAAGGGAAGUUUUGAGAUGUUGUUUAGUGUAUGUAUGUCAAAACGGAAGCAUUAUUACAGAAAAACUCAGGAGUCAAAGGGUUAAAUCAUGAAAGUAUAAAUUGUAAAAGUUUCAUUGAAACAUCAUGAUUCCUACAUACAGUAUGCCAAACUCCUUGAUGGAAACAAAUUAAAUGUUCUGGCAUUGUUUCACUUUCAAGCUGGUGUUUAAAGCAAAAACAUGUUUUUAGUGAAUGAGCAAGUCGGGUUACUGAGUUCAAAGUAUAUCUUGUGGUCCAAUUUUUUUUUUUGUUUUAAAUUUUUUAUUACAUUGUCGUUGUUGUUGUUUUCAAACUAGUUAGCAUACAUUAGUAUACUUAGAAUCAAAAAAGAAUACAAUUUAAACCAAGAAUAUAUUUGAACCACAAUAUUAUUUUAUACAUGAUUCAUUGUUGUUUUUAGGAGGUGGUGCUCUUGGACAUCCAAAGGUGUACAUUAAUUUGGUAAGACUGUUUAUACUUACAAAUAGUGUUGGAAAUCCUCUCAGAAUUCUUAAUCGGUUAUCAGAAAUAAUAGGAUUGACCCACCUAAGUGAUCAUUGAUUAUAACCAGAAAAAUCUCUUUAUAAGAAUUUCGUUUUAUUUUUGCCACUGUACCUUGUUUUAGAACAUGACUAAAACAUUAUUUAGGACUUGAAUCAGAAAAGGGACAUCAGUUAAUUUGGCCCUGCUUGCCAUUAAGUGCCAGUGGCUCGGUGGUUAGAGUGUCCGAUCUCGAACUCAGAUGGUCCCUUGCCUGGAGCUAAGACUUUUUUCUCUUCUCUCGAAUGAUUCAAUUCUCUUUCUUUCCUUAUGACUAUUAUGUUUAAUUGCCAACAAGAAACUAUUUUCCCACAAUCAUUGAUAGAACAUUUUCCAAAAUCGAUUUAAUAUCGUGUUGCUCAGAAAUUUCAAUCGAUGAUUGGCACACCUCUGGUUAAAACGUUUCUGAAUAACCAGAAGCUGGUCAAGGUUAUCAUAUCACUAAAUUAUGGAUGGUCUGAUUUGUAUUGUUUUGUCUCAUUGCUAGAUUUGCUUCUAUGGGUAAAUAAAGCAAACUAGGUUUGGGUGUUUGGGACUAGGAAAGAUUCAAGCAGUAGUGGUGACAACUUUCUAGAAAUUUUUGCAAAUUCCAGAUGUGAACAAAAUUUUCAACUUCUUAGAAGCAAAUUUCAGAACUCCAGACACGUUCAGUCACAGGUACAAAAAGAGUGUGAGAGAGUGUGCCCUAAAAACUUGAACAUCCUAUUUUCAUUAAAUAAUGAAGUUUUGGGCACUUGUGGGAGGAAAACUUGCGAAGGGUUGUAAAAACUGGAGUCUUAAACUUCCUUUUGGCUCUGUAAAUAAGUUAUCCCAAUCACUGAUUCUUACAGAUGCAUCUUUAUUUUCUCUUACAGGAUCAAGAAGGACCACAUGCUUGUGGUUACUGUGGACUGAGAUAUGUUAUGGCCCAUGACCAUCACUAAAAAUAUUAAUAUGCUGUGUUUUUGCUCUAAACAAUGAAAACAUUGCUGUUUAUCAUGUUUUCCAGAAAAAUGAAAAUGUAAAUACUGUUUUCACUGUAAUCAAGAACUUAAAUCUUAAAUUAAAGUUUCAUUAACAAAAUAAAAUGUUUUGGGGAAACAUAUUCGUAAAUCACUUUGUAAACAUACUUUUUAUGAGGAAG